AUGGCGAAAAAAGUAAAAAUGGUAUUAAUAGAUCUUAGUGGAACACUGCAUAUUGAUAAUUCAGCUAUUCCAGGUGCAGUGGAAGCUUUAAACAGGUGGUAUUUUUAAUUUAAUUUCAUGAGAAUUAUUAAUUGUUAGCAAACAUUAUGGCGCCUCUUACAUUGCCGAGUUAUUGUUUUUUUUAAAUCGAAUGCAUUAGUUUUAUAUUUUAAUGUUUAGGUUUAACCCUGUUAUCAAUGCUUUAAUAAGUAAAGUAGUACAAUCUAAUAAAAUCUAAAGUAGUACAAUCUAAUAAAAUGUAAAUUAUUUUACUAAAACAGGCUCAGGAGCGCUAAUAUACCGCUUAAAUUUGUUACAAACACAACAAAAGAAUCCGGCAACUUCCUUUAUAACCGAUUGGCAAAACUCGGUUUUAACAUUAAGAGGGAAGAAAUUUUUAGUUCUUUAGCUGCGGCAAGAAAACUGAUCAUUUCGCGUAAAUUAAAUCCAAUGUUAUUCAUCGAUCCGGCGGCUAAUGAAGAUUUUGAAGAUUUAAUAAAAAAUGAUAAAAAGGAUGCUGUAGUAAUAGGCUUGGCACCAGGCAAAUUCAAUUAUGAAGAAUUAACAAGAGCAUUCAGGUUACUCUUAGAUGGCGCAUCGUUCAUAGCCAUUCAUAAAGCACGAUAUUAUAAAAGACCAGAUGGUUUAGCGCUGGGACCAGGCGCAUUUAUUGCUGGUUUGGAAUAUUCCGCCAAUGUCAAAGCAGAAAUUGUCGGAAAACCAACUGCGGAGUUCUUCAAAGCCGCUUUGGGAAAUGUGUCUCCGGAAGAAGCAAUUAUGAUUGGCGAUGACGUUAAAGAUGACGUAGCCGGCGCCCAAGCUAUCGGUAUCAAAGGAUUUUUGGUACAGACUGGAAAAUAUCGAGACGGAGAUGAGAAUACAAUAACACCACCGCCUACGAAAGUAUGCAGCUCUUUUGUUCAAGCUGUAGAGUUUAUUCUUGAAAAAGAAAUAUAA